AGGAUAGCACCUCUGCCCAUCUACUUCACAUUUCCUGAGUAUUUGCCGCGUAUUUCGACAAAUUCAGAGUAAAUUCAUCACUCCAAUCUCGCCAAUCUCACAUUUGCUUUGGGUCUUUAUCAUGGUCGAUCCAGUUGACUGUGCGUUGGACCUUAUGCGACGACUUCCACCGCAGAAGGUGGAAGAGAGCCUGGCGAAUCUUGUAGAACUUGCACCGCACUUGACAGAGGAGCUACUGUCAGCUAUUGACCAGCCGCUGAAGUUGCAACGAUGCAAACAGACCGGAAAGGACUAUUUGUUAUGCGACUACAACAGGGAUGGUGACUCGUACAGGUCGCCGUGGUCAAACGAAUACGAACCACCGUUGAGCGAUGGUGCACAACCCUCCCCAAAAUUGCGAAAAUUGGAGAUAGCGGCCAACGACGCAUUUACUACCUACAGAGAACUGUAUUUUGACGGAGGCGUAUCGUCGGUGUAUAUGUGGGAUCUCGAUGAAGGAUUUGCAUCAGUUGUGUUGAUUAAAAACGUAAAUGAGAGCGACUCAGGCUUGAAGGGCUCAUGGGACUCAAUUCACGUCAUAGAAGUACAGGAAAGUGGCCGGAGCGCGCACUAUAAGCUGACUUCUACGGUCAUGCUCUACAUGGAAACUGGUGGUGUUAAGUUUGGGAAUGUUAAUCUGUCAGGAAGUCUGACGCGACAGGCGGAACAAGAUUACCCACUGGAUGAUUAUGGCACACACGUAGCAAACAUGGGACGGCUGGUUGAGGAUAUGGAGAUCAAAUUGCGCAACAACUUGCAAGUCAUUUAUUUUGGUAAAACAAAAGACAUCACCAACGAUCUUCGAUCGAUCAACAGUCUGACUGACGCGCGAAAGCAAAUGGCCAUUCAGUCAGAGUUGAUUGGCAAACUACAGGCGAGAUCGCACUGAUAGUAGAGGGACAGUCCAUGAUUAUUGAUUGGGGAGACUUGUGUUAUAUAGACAUGAAAAAUAUGAUGACUAUGAGACAAAAUAAGCAAGCUAUUUAUUGUACAUUCUACGAAUUCCUUCCCACCAAACGCUGCUUGGCUAUUUAAUACUAUGCGAUGCGGGAGCACUAUGUAUAGCCUAAGCCAGCC